AUGUAUGGGAAAUUGAAAUUGCUCGCGAGGAGAUUGGUGUUUACCGGAGAUGCCCGCGGUGCAGUAGACGAGGAUGAAGAUCAUGCCCCCGAAGGCCCAGGCGAUGCCGAGGAGGCCGACGCCGCCACACUGGUCGGCGUUGCUGAGCUUGAGGUGGCCGAUGACGGUGGCGACGGUGACGUAGAGGAAGAGGAGCGUGGCGAUGAACUCGGCGAUGAUGGCGCGGUAGAAGGACCAGAGCAUCAGCUCGCCGGCUCCGAGGAAUGGCGCCGGCGGGGGGUCGACGUAGUCCUUGCCGCGCUGGUGUACGGCCUCCUCGCUCACUUCCUUCGUCAUGCUUGCGUAUAUUGUCCCAAAUAA